AGAUGGACUUUUCAAUAGUCAAAACUCAAAUUCUCAAUAAUAGGCGGACAUUCCGCACACCAUUCAAAGUGUCGAGUAUGUGUUUCAGUUCGCAAAAUGAUCUCAUCGCUCUUGGAUCGAAAACUGGCGAAAUAUUGUUGAAAAGAACAUCAUGGAAAAUGAUUUGGAAGACCAAUAUCAAUAUGAUUCAAGCUGUCGGAACCGAAUGUAAAUUGGACAGCUCUGUUUCUGCAUUGCACUUUUCACCGGAUGGACGCUUUCUCGCAGCAGCUACAAGUAAAGGCAUAAUACAUUUGUUAGAUGUGGAAACGGGAAAAGUUCGAUUUUCAGUCAAAGCUGCAUCCGAAAAAAUCGCCAAACUCCACUGGAAUUGUGUUCGUGAGAAGCCAUUUAUAAGCAAUCUUGGAGAAUUCACUACAAGAAUCAAAAAUGUUGAAGCCAUCGAAGGAGCUAUCGAAUUGGCAGAAACGACACCGAACAUCAGUCAAGAGGAAAUCGCAUUCGUAUACCAGAGGCUUGAUGAGGAUGGUUCAUCUUUCAAACACGAAGAUGCACAUAAAGAAAGUCUCGAGCGAACUCUGAUUUCAACUGAAACAUUCCGUGAAUCUCUUCAAAAUACGAUCCUUCUAGCAACUGAUGACAUGGAUUCGAAGAUUAUUGUACUUGUUGCUGGUGUGUUCCCAUAUAUGGAAAUUGAUAUCAGUGACACACUUCUACAAUACAAUCAAAGCCUUCUCAUGCUCUACGAUAUGCACUACAGUUCAGCGUUUGGUGGCGUAUCAUUUCUCGCCACUACAUAUGGGCCAUUUCUGGACUGCAAACAAAAUGAGUUGAAGCCUCCUGGAGCUGAACCAAAAAAAGAUGGCCAAGGAUGUCAUACGCUGCUUUUCAAUGUUAAAUUGAAUAUUAAUUCGUCGCUUUGGGAUACUGCGCUGAGAUACAUUCGCCUUCUAUUUGGCUUCAACUUGUACAGCAUUUCUCUGGAAACUACAAAACGAAAUUGGGAAGAGCAAAUAGACAAUCUUCACUCAUUAUUCGAUACAAAAACGAAAGCUGUAAAAAUUGGAAAUGUGCUUCUCGAAAUGCUGCUCUCCGGGUCGACAGAUGCGGCUGGCGAGGCAUUUCUUGAACGAGGUCUCGGAACUGAUGGAUUGGAUAAAAUUGAGCUUUUUGCAACGAAGCACAUGCCGGAAGUUUGUCGUAUUGCUCGGGGACAACUCUCAACGUCAGCCCGAAAUUUGUGCUUCCAGCGAUGUGAAUUCUCGACAUCAUUAUCUCGUUAUGCAAAGUUUAUUCAAUUGAAAGAUGACGACAGUUUUCUUUAUGAUGAGGAUCCGCCAGCAUACCUGUCAGAAUCGAAUAUUUGGCUGAACACUUUGGAAGAGAAAAUCAAUAUUCUUGAUAUGAAAACUCGUCAUCUUGGAAUUCAAUGCUUGACUAUGAUGCAAGAACUUGGACAUCUCGUCAAAUGGAUAUCCAUGACAAAACCAUUUGCAAAAACGAUGAAAGUUAAUGCUUUGAUGAAAAUAAAAAGAAUGAACAUUGCAAAAAUUCUGCUUUACAUUGUGAGAAAUUUCAUUCCGGAUCCAGAAGCAGUGAAAGAUAUCGAAAACAGACUUUUCAACCUCAAGGAGUUGGUUUCGAAGCAAAAGAAAAAAGAUUUGGAAGACAAGUUUGAUGAGGUUGAAUAUCUCUAUAGACUUGAGAGAAUUGCCGAAGUUGAAAGGAAGAAAUUAAUCGAAACAUUCCACGAAAAGUUCCGAUUUGCCGAUCUAGAUGAUGACGACUUGACUCCAUUGCUUUUUCAAGAAUUGGAUCAUCCUAUUGACAUUUUUACUGAUAGUAUGAUGGAACAAAAUGAUUCUUCCCCGUUUCUUGAAGAAGACGAAGGAGAGCCAGAGCAAGAAGAGCAAAAACCGGAUGAGGAGCCUGAACCAGAAGGAGAACCACAACCUGCAUGUGAUUUGGAUAGAGUUGGCUCAUUUUUCGAGAAAGAGUUGUCACAAAAAGCGCUAGAAGUUCUUCCAAAAUGCGAUGAAACAUUCGAUUGUGUUCUGAAUGAAAGAGGAAGUCGUAUGAAUUCAAUAGAGAUUCAGAAAAUGGGAAUUCUACGGGUCCUUGAAGAUUUGGCUGCCACACUAUCUUCUCCUCAGAAAAUUCAUUGUGAUAAAGCUGGAAAUCAGAAAAAGUUGGAAGUUUCAUUCAUUUAUGAAAUUACUUCAACACCUACCCAUCAAGGAUAUCAAGACGCAAAGAUCAGCAGUGUCACUCCAUCAUAUUACAAAAGACAUCCAUUUAAUCAAUUAUCUGGAAUGGGACGAUCAAUUCAAGUGUCUGUGCUUCAAAAGAAUGAAUUCAGCUCAAUCGUCAUUGUACCAACGAGUGAUGUAUUGCCUGAAGAUGAAAAUGAAGUGAACGAUCAUGUUGAGAAGCUGAAGAGAUGCUAUGAGUUUGAGAAAAUUGAUGUCACAGUUGAUAAAUCGAGCGCCGAGAAUAGACCACCAGGGGAAACUGAUGCAAUGGAAGUGGAUAGUAACGAGCUGAGAAUUGAUGUGGAUCUUGGACCAGUGGUACCUGAGUACGAUACUCUCAUCGAAUUGAGUCAAGUUCACCCCCUUCAUCAUGGAGAACUUGUUUUAUUGGGAAAAUUCACAUCCGCACAGGAAGGAACUGGCGUGAUGUCACAAAUGAUGCGAUCAAUAUCUUCAUAUCCUCAUGAAAUCCCAGAAGAUAAAGAUGUAUUUGCAAAGAAUAGCUCUGAAGAUGGAAGUUCAGAAAUUCCAAUCGAAACCUUAAUAAUUCAUCCAACAAUUCAACUGGCUGCCUAUCUUCACGAUGACGGAAGUAAAAUCACGAUUGGAGACAUGAAACCAGAGGUUCCACCGAUCGCUGACUAUGAGGAGAAGACUGUUCGAAAAACUUUCCGCGACUAUCAGAGACGUCGAGAACGAUAUCGGGAAGAUAUGGGAGUAAUGAACAUGAAUGAUGUUCAGUAUGAUGUUCUUGUUCAAGAAGCUAUGGAUAGUGGACGUGACUUGACGGAUAAUGGAGAAUCAGAUGAGGAUGAAGAAGAUGAUGACAUUUAGUUUCCAAUCGAUGGAUAAAUUAUUGCAUUUCUAUGUUUAUAUUUCGUAUUACUUUGAAAUUAUUUCUCCUUUCCAAUCUAUUGCAUUUCUUUUCUUGGCUUUCCCUCUUACAAUCUCAUUUUGCUUUUUGCGGGCACCUAUAAACGUGUUUUUAGUC